GUUCUUCCCGUGCUGUGCCUACUUUUUUUCAUCAGAUUGUCUCAAUCUUCUUUCUGGGUUUUCAAGAUUAUCCAAUUUGGGAUUUGGGUUUUCGAUUCUUGCAGGUAAUUUCUCUCCAUUUUCGAUCAUUUUCAUCACCAUUCACACGGUGUUUUUGUGUGUUUCCGUCACAUUUGAUUCAUUUCCCUUCUUGUUUCUGGGUUUCGAAGAUUAUUCAAAUUUGGAUUUUUAAUUCUUCAUGUUCAAUAUUAUCUCAUUUUCUUGUUUUCAGAUGAAUGUUUACUCUGUUUUCGUGUGUUCCAUCGUAAUUUUCUCAGUUUUGAUAUGAUUCCUCUCUGGUUUCUGGGGUUUGAAUUCUAUCGAUUUCACCGUUUCCAGAUGAACAUUCACUGUGUGUUUCAUUUAUUUUUUUUUAUUACUUUUUUUACUCAGAUUUCUCUGAAACUCCAUGUUUGAUUUUUGGGUUUUGAAGAUCAUUCAUUUUGGGAUUAGGGUUUCUUAGGCCUCUGCAUUUUCCGUUUUUGAAAUUGAUGUUUUUUGUCUGUUCUUCCCUCAUUUUUCUUUUACCUUUGUAAGAUUGAAUGUUUUCAUUGCUUGUGUAUAAAGUGAAUGAUGAUUUUCUCCCUUUUUUCAGCUAAGUUAUAACACAAUUUAGAACCCUAAUCAUAUUCAAAUUUCCUGUUUUUCUCUAUGAAAAUAUUUAGAAAAUAUGUUGAAAUUUAACCUAUAUAUGCUACCAAUUUCACAGAAAUACAAGAUUUUCUUCAUUAAUGUCCUUUUGUUCAGAGAAUUCUUAAUCAUUUGGGUUGAUAACCAUAGUUUGUUCCCAAUAUUUCCCCAAACAAACAAAAACCCAAAAAUUCCUACAAAAUAACAGCAGAAAAUCAAAAAAAGGCAUUGAAAACAUGUUUACAUUUCUGUCGAAAAAGAUUGAAAAACAGGAUAAAAACACAAUCAAUUUCAAAGCUCAAAUUGGUCGUUUAUGUUGUUUAUAGGUCUUCAUGUUUACCAUUUCUUGCUCAUAUGUAACUUUUAGGAACUUUUGCUUUGAUUAUUACUUAAUUGUGUUUUUGUAUCUAAUAUGCAUCUUCUUGUCAUGUUUCUACAGGCAGUUUUGACGUUUCAAACAGCUUCUAACGAACGCAAAUCAGUAACGUUAAUUAUCUCAUUAUAAAGAGCAUGCGGUGGUGUAGCUUAUCAGUAGACGUUUAUCGUAAAAUCAUAUCCCUCAACCUCUAUUGUCGUGUGAUUCUGUAAAACGUAUUGAAUCUUUAUUAAUUUACUUCACAAACCUUCUUGAUAUUUCACUUUUAGCAAACUAUUUGAUUCCUGUCAGUUCCAUCCAUGGGAACUAAUCUUUUUGUUGUCAUCCCCUGCUACUGUCGUUGGAUUAGCUGAACCUGCAUCGAUCAAAUUCCAUUUGAGUUUUAAUUCGAUCAAAUUGAAUCUUUUCAUCCUGUUUGACCACCCUCUUUAAUAAUAUUUCUUGGGUUAUUUUCUUGGUAUUUCAGUUGAAGUUGAAUCUUUUCAUCCUGUUUGAUCACCUUCUUUGAGAAUCUUUCUUGGGUUAUUUUCUUGGUAUUUGAAUUGAAGUUGAAUCUUUUCAUCCUGUUUGAUCACCCUCUUUGAGAAUCUUUCUUGGGUUAUUUUCUUCUUAGAAAAUAUUUUCUUUAGUGAAUCUUUCUUGGGUUAUUAUCUUGGAUUGUUAUUGAGAUCUUUAGGGGAGUUAAAUUAAAUACAAAGGUAGGGAAGAAGUAGUUAUGGUGUGUCAAUCAGCUGGCCAAACAAGAUUUCGGGCUUUGAAACAUGAAAAUGGAACCGCUGGGGGUGCCACCAUAAUCGUAAAAGUUAUAGCAUGCUUCCAACCUCUCCAAGAUUGUCAGGCCGAAUAUUUCCGCCAUUUGCUUAAACCUGUAACGUAGCUCUAUUUUUCUUUUCGCGAACAAAUUAAGCUCUGGACUUUUUAGGUUUAAUCUUUUUUAGAAGUUUUCAGAAAUCUUUACGCACGCCCACGUGAUAGUUCAUCACCCGGUGAUUCUUUGGCUAAAUGGAAAAGGGUUUUGAAUCUUGGUUUCAAAACCAGCAAAUUGAUUGGCAAUCACCCAAUCCGAAUUCAUCUAGUGCCCCAAUCGGUUUAGGGCCUCGAGUUACUAUCCCGUCUAUGGUUUCUCCGAAGGCAAGUGUGCGCCAAGAACCGUGUGGUUGGUUCUACGGCUUGCCUCGCUACCGCCAGGGUUUCAUCCCUGCGGUUAACUCAAAACUCCCUGUAGCAAGCCCCAAUGAUGUUGGAGCAGCAGAGAAGAAGUUUCUUGUGUUUGAUCAAUCCGGUGAUCAAACAAUGUUGAUUUAUAGUUCGGGUGUCGGAAUCGCUCCGAUCCGCCACCACUUUCCUCCCUCGGAUAACCCAAAAUUGCAAUCUGGAUCACAUCCACUUCAUGUUGAUGAAUGUAUCAAAGAGAAUGAUGGAGAUGAUUCUAGAAGCGAGAUGCGAGAGGAUACUGAAGAGCUUAAUGCGUUGCUUUACUCUGAUGAUGAUGAUAAUGAUGAUGAUGAUGAAAAUGAAGAGAUGAGUACCGGGCAUUCCCCUGGUUCAGUGACGGGGUUCGUUGAACAAAAAAGGAAAAAUUGCGAAGAAGAGGAAGCUGAGAGUUCGUUUGGACCCACAAAAAGGUGUAAACGAGAGGAGGGGGUUAAUAUUGUAAAUUCACUUGAGGACACUGCAAGCUCAGGAAAAUCUGGUAUUAACUGCUUGGGCAAUGGCGGAAAUGGAGAGUUUGAGGAAGAGUCUAAUGAUUUUUCGGCUGGUAACAGGAGGGUGAGAAAAGAGAAGUUGAAGGAGACUUUAAGUCUGCUUCAGAAUCUGAUUCCUGGUGGUAAAAAUGACAGAAAUGCCAUUGUGGUUAUUGAUGAAGCUAUCCAUUACUUGAGAAGUUUGAAGGUAAAAGCUAAAUCUUUGGGGCUUGAUUCUCUUUAAAGAGGUUAAAGAUGGUUUUGUACAUUAUGUUAUUUAUAUUGUAGUACUGAUUGAAGGGGUAAUUUGGUAAAUUUGAUGUGGGGAUGGGAUGAAGAUCAAGAACUGGGCUUAAAACUUGUAGCUUUGUGAAGAUAGGGUUUGGAAGCCAUCAGGGGAUCCUCAAGUGAUUUCUUGAAUGAUGGAUGAUAUGAUGAUUUUGUGGAAAUUACAGUGUGUAUGUAUGUGUAGGGAUAAUCUGGUCAUUUUGAUGUAGUCUUGUGAUGAAAGACCAAGACUUGGGCGUAAAGAUGAAUGAUGGAUGGUGAUCAUGUCUGAAAAGUAUUGUGUCAGGGAGAAAUUGGUAAUCUGGAUGUGAGGUUGUAGGGAGAGUUUGGUAAUUUUGUUUAUGUGGGGUUGUGAUGAUCAAGAGUUUGGGUAUAAAGUUGAAAGAGGUUUGGGAAGAGAAAAGUUUGAUUUUGAAUGAUGGAUGAUGAUGA